AUGGAGGAGGUGAAGACACGCGUCGCGUUGCCUCAGUUUUUCUUGCCCCAUCACGCAAUUCAUCGUCCCGAUUCGUCUACAACCAAGAUAAGAGUCGUGUUCGAUGGCUCGGCCAAAAGCAGCAACCAGCUCGCCUUGAACGACCUUCUGUUAACAGGACCAACAGUUCAGCCUUCAAUGUUGUGCAUCGUCAUCAACUCUCGUUUCCACCGAUUUGUCAUGAAAGCAGAUGUGGAGAAAAUGUAUCGUCAGGCUUUGGUUCAUCCGGACGAUCGACUACUACAGCAAAUUGCUUGGCGCAGAAAGGAUUCAGAGCCACUGAAAACCUACUGUUUGAACACCGUCACCUACGGCACAUCUUGUGCUCCAUAUCUGGCAACCCGGGUCCUAAAUCAGUUAGCUGACGAUGAAGGGCAUGACUUUCCACUGGUUGCCUCCAUUGUCAAGAAGGACUUUUAUGUUGACGAUGUCUUAACCGGAGCCGACAACAUCGAAACACUAGUCGACACAAGCACCCAACUGGACGACCUCCUAAAGAGAGGUGGUUUCAAUCUGCGCAAGUGGAGCGCGAACCAUCCUAGUACCGUCUCUAGAGCUUGA